CAACUUAUCUCCCUUUUGUCAUGGCGAAUAUUAUUUCGCUCAGUGUAGUAAUUCUUAGUUGCAUCGUACUGGUCCAUGCGGAACCAGCAACAGCAAUUAAUAGCUAUCCCAUUAUAGGAGAAAGCAAUGGUUUCGAGUAUAAUAGCAACAUCAUCAACAACGGUGCUUAUAUGACUGACAAAGAAGGUCAUAGAGAAAACAUGGAUUUUUACGGUGGAGGAAAUAGUGGACAUUUAUUGACUAACAGCAGGAGUCAAGGAAAUUUCGAAGAAAGUUUAACAAGCAAUUCUUAUAACGGAUUUUCACCUAGUUCCCAUAAUACUGACUUUUCUACUUACUCUAAUACUGGUAAUCGUGAAAAUCUUGCUUCGAAUUCCUAUUUUGCAAAUAAUGCUGCUCAAUCCAGUUUUGGUAGUUACACAAGUAGCAACAGCAAUGGAGAUUCUACCUUCAAAACUUAUACCCAUGGCAAUGAUCAAGCCGGAUCUGAUUUCAAUCAGUUCUCUAUUAACAAACACAAGAAUCUCUCUUAUAUGAAAUUUUCCGAUAAUUUAACUGGUGCUACUAGCGCGGGAAAUUAUCCUGAACUAGGUACAGAGAAUUCUUCUUUCCGAGAAGAGUACUCUGGCGACUCUUUUAGGAAUCACGCAUCUAAUGAUGCAGGAUUCACGGAUGGUGCUGAUCAAAUCUACAACAGAGAAGUUUCUAAUCUAUUUAAUAGUCCUAAUAAUGAUUAUUCAUAUGGAAAACAUAAAGAUAGUACACUUAAUAUAGGAGGAAGCAACAAAUUUAUGAAUGAUGUAUAUUCCUUUCAUCCUGAAACUCGUUAUGUGCGAGGAAGUCAUGGAAACAUGGGACGUGAUUACGGUUCUUCAAUGAUUUUAUCUAAUCCUGGAAAUAAUCCUUUCGGCAAUAUUCGUGGAAAUAGCGGUGGAAAAUUAAAUAAAUAUAAUAAAUAUUUAGGUGAUUAUAUUUCCAAUGGUUUAAACUAUUUUUCCAAGGAACAAGAUAUUGAUUAUUUAUUUGGUAAUCACGGUAAAGGUAAUGGAAAAUUGUCUACAAUUAAAGAAGGCAGACCAAAUAAUUAUUUUGGAUCUUUGUAUCUCGGCAAAAUUGCCGGAGGUCAUAAAAGUAAAUCGAAUUUCAUGAAUUCAUAUCCUAGUACUUCGUCGAUAGCGUAUUCAUCUAUACCGAAUUUACAUAGUAGUAACAGUUAUGCUGAUAGCCCUGUAUUAAGAAGAUAUCGAAGCAAUAGUUAUGUACCAGGACAUGCUAGUUCAUAUUCUGGUUAUUACUAAUAAUUUUUUAAUGAGUUAAAUGUGUGUGAUGGCCGUGUGUUUUGUAUAUAUUUAUUAUAUGAAAUAUUUAAUAUUAAUUAAACGUUAUUUGUUGUUUAAAAUAAAAUUAUUGA